AUUAUGAUGGUCGGCCAUGUUUUUCAUCGAGAUGAAAGAAUUAAAUUUUGCAAUCAAAAGUGAUUAAACACCUCCUAACAAAUUAUUUUUAGUCUUUAAAUUAUUAUGUAUUUUGUGUUAAUUUAAGUUAGUAUUUUUAAAUGUUAUAAAUCUAAAUUAAAAUGUAUCCUCGUGUGUUCAAUUAAUUGCUUUGUAUAUUGAAAGAAGGCAAAAAUACCGACAAGUUUGAGAUUAACUAUUAUUAUUAUAUUAAAAAAGAUAUUGCAAAAUUGUGUGUACUUGCUGAGAUAUUGGUCUAUCCCAUAAAUUAACAAAAUGUCAAGCGAAACAGAAACGAUUAUAUUUUGCCGUGCAACCCGUACUUUCAAGGGUGUACUUAGUUUUCAAUUAUCUUAUAAUCAAAACGAUUUUCUUGCACUUCGUUGUCAAAAAGGUUUAACAUUCCAACAAAUUCGGCAAAAUUAUAAGAUGAUAGAUGCUAUUAAUGAAAGAACUAAGAAAAGUGGUCUGGUGGCUAUAGACGCAAUUGAACCAUUAGAUGCUGCUCCGACUUCCCAAAUUAUAAGUGGAUAUGUUCAACCAAAAAGAAAGAUUUCAACUACACAAAGUAUUUCAACAGAAGGUAUGACCGACGAUACUUAUGUUACUUUUUUUGGUUGUGAUAAUACAGCAGUAGAAGCAACAUGUGAUCUUAAAAGUGAAUGUAAUUGGCAUAAUUUGGUAAAUGUGUACUUUUUAAUGCCAAUUAUUUGUGCACAUUGUAAGGAUUAUAUAUGGGGUCAAGGACGUCAGGGCGUUAGCUGUAGUGAUUGCUUAACAUGUUUUCAUAUACCGUGUAAACAAUUUAGCCAACAAUACAACUGCGAACAGCACACAAAAAUAUAUCCAGUUACGCCUCAAACUAAUUAUAAUGAUACGCCGAUUAUCAAAUGGACAAAUUCUAAUAUCCUUGAAUGGUUGGCUGCUGUCAAUUUAUACUCUUUUAUUGAAAUUUUUAAAGUCAACAACAUAAAAGGAUGCGAUAUUCAAAAUAUUGACGACGAUAAAUUGCGAUAUAUGGGAAUUAAAGAUUCCUUUCAUAGAUUAGCUAUAUUAGUAUGUUUAGAUGAAUUAAAAAGUGGUUGUCUAACGUCUGAACAGCCAGUUAGGCCAGAUUUAAGUCACGAAUUGGUACCUAUUUCGGGCACUUCAGCAUCAGAACAGCAUGAGUGUGAUCUUCCUUUAUUAACAAAAGUUACAAAACAUUAUAAUCAAGAAGAAAAUAGUUUUAGUGGAAAAAAUAGUAGCAUAUAUCAACACAUGAUGAUAGAAUGUAGCUUUAAUUCAGUCAAACGAUGUGAUAAAUGCCAUCGUCAUUUACGUGGCAUUCUAAAUCAAGGGUUAAUGUGUGUGAUCUGUAAUUUUAUUGUACAUCGAACUUGUUUAGCUAACGGUUUACAAAAUUUUCAAUGUAAAGGUAUUCAGAAAGAAUUGCCAGCGCGUAGUGAUGACAAUACUAGUGUAAUUGAGAAUAUAGCUACCGCAAGUGGAAAUGAAAAUAACACUCUAAGCGCUUCUAACACAAAUCAAAUUGAAACAUCACCAUGUUCAUUAGUUGCAGCAACAGGAGCUACACCCCACCAACAUAAACAGCUAAAUGCGAGAUUAUUAAAAUUAGUACCAAAUUUAAGUCAACAAUUCAAUGUAAAAGAAAUGCCGGCACCAGUAUCGUUAAUUAUUUGCAUUAGAGCUUUGGAAGCACUUUGUAAAAAAGACGACUACUGUCAAAUAGAUUUAUAUAAGUUAUAUAAAUCUAAUGCCCUUUUAGAAGAUCUAGAAAAUGAUAAGGAAUUUUUCGAUUUAACUGCUACUGGUAGCAUCAAUUUAAUGAAUAUAGAUCCGCAGUAUAUAGUAGGUUAUAUGAAAAAAUAUCUAAGAGAAUUGAAGGACCCCUUGAUACCGUUGCAGUGGUACGACAAUUUUAUAGCUGCUUCAAAAUUAACCCCAGAUGAUCAGGCUAUAUUAUGCCUUCGUAGCUAUAUACGUGAUUUACCAGAAAAUCAUAAGUCCACUUUACAAUAUUUUUUCGACCAUUUACGACGUAUGGCUUGGUUGCAAUAUAAUCGCGGAAGGCGGGAACCACCGACGAUUUUAAUUCAAUCAUUAUGUCAUAUUAUAAUAAGACCCCCGUGGAAUAAAAUUAUUCAAAUAAUUAAUAAUACAGAAAGUCAUACUCGAAUAAUCGAGUUAUUAUUUUAUCACGGGGAGUUUCAUGAGCCUGUUCCUGAAUUUGAUGUUGCUCCGGCAUUGCCACCCAGGAAAAAUUCACGAAUCGGAAAUCCCAGUCACUUUGUUCCAUUACCUGCAAAAGCCCCAAGUGUUCCCACAGUUAUUAGCCGAGAUUCUAUGACUUCUUUACCAAUGCAAAUUCAUUCGACAAAUCCAGGAUGUGAGCAAUUAAAAGAUGCUGAAUGGUAUUGGGGAGAUAUCACGAGAGAUGAAGUUAAAGAAAAAUUAGCAGGGUGUCCAGAUGGCAGUUUUUUAGUAAGAGAUGCAUCAUCUAAAUGUGGUGAAUAUACUUUAACAUUAAUUAAGGAUGGAACGGAAAAAUUGAUUAAAAUUUGUCAAGAAAAUGGGAAAUAUGGCUUUGUUAAACCAUAUAAAUUUAAUUCUGUCAUGGAAUUGAUUCAACACUAUAAAGAGCACUCUUUAUGUCAAUACAAUGUUUUAUUAGAUAUUAAGCUAACUAAUCCUGUUUGUCGAAGUAUUGAAGAUGAUGAUAGUGGCAUAGGAAGUUCAAUUGGUGGUUAUUCACCUAGUACUGUUGAUUUAAAUAAGAUGAUUAAACAAUUCAUACAUUACUACAAAACGCUGGCCCAAAAAAAGCAACACUUGCAAGCUAAAAAGGAGCAGUAUGAGGCAGCUGAAAAUGAAUUAAAUGUUAAAAAGCCUGCGCAUGAAGCUUUUUGCAAAGCUAUUAAGAUGUUUGAAGAUCAAAUUAAACUGCAGGAAAAAUAUCGCAUAGAAGCUCAGCCCAACGAAAUUAAACAAAUAGAUAAAAAUGCGGAAUUGCUAAAAUCACGACUGAAAGCUUUACGUGAAAGUAGUGAACAAUUAGAUUUGUAUCUAAAAGAAAAGAAAGAUUAUUAUCAUUCGAUUGAACGUGAUAUUAAUGCAGCUAAGCCGGAGGUAAAUAAUUUGCAAAAGCAAAAAGAUAAAUUGCAAGAUCGUUUGAUACAAUACGGUUUAAAAGAAGAAGAAUUAAAACAAAUUAUAGAACAUGGUUUUGAUGAUUGGAAAAAAAAACAUAAAUCAGAAAUGGAACAACCACAUCACGAUCAAAGCACUUGGUACAGUGCCGAUUGUACCAGGUCACAUGCCGAGCAGUUAUUAGCAAACAUGCCAACAGGCACAUUUUUAAUUAGACCGCGAAUGAACGGACAUUUCGCGUUAUCUAUUGUUUGCAAAAAUACCAUAAAUCAUUGUAUAAUACAUGAAACAGAACGUGGUUAUGCUUUCACAGAACUUUAUAAUAUAUAUGAUUCUUUAAAAAGUUUGGUUUUACAUUACGCUAACAAUUCAUUAGAAGAACACAAUGAUAAAUUAACAACAACCUUAAAACAUCCAAUAUUUUAUAUUAAAAAUGAACAAGAAAAAAUGCGUCAACAGCAACAAUCUCAACAAAACAGCAAUCUUAGCAGUUCGAUAAGUUCCUCAACUGCAGAUUUAAUGGAAUUUCAAUAAGCAUAUUAUGUAAUAAAUAUAGACGGAAACGAAAAAUAAAACACAUUAAAACCUUUUAAUAUAAAAAUGGUAUAAAUAUCAAUCAAUUUUUAUGUAUAAUUUGCUGAGAAAUUUUUUACAUUUUAUCUCGUCAAAUUUUAUAUUAUAACAAUUACUAAAUAGGUGUUAAAAGUAGAUUUUACCCAUAAAAAAAUAGAACUUGUAUUCGAAAACAAAAAAAUGUCAAUAUUAACAUAGUUAUAUACAUCGUAAUGAAUCCAGUUCUUAAAAAUUUGUUGAAGCUGUGAAGUUUAACAUUUUGAUUAUUUUACUUACUUUACUUAUUGUUAAAUAAACAAUCUCUUUUAUAUUAAUAAAUUUUAUUUGUGAUUAUACAAAAUAUAAUAAUGUAAAAGAUUAAAGAAUAUGCAAAUUAUUUGACAUUGGAGCAGUAUAAAAAAAGAAAUGUCGAUAUGUAAAAAUUUUGUAAAUGUUAUUUUUAUAAUAAUUAAAAAC